AUGGCGCGGAUGUCACCUCCGGCGUCCCCAGCAAGGUUCUUCUCCGAGAACGAAGAAAAACGAAAAAACGCCUGGGAUCCCACCUCGGCUGCCCUCACGCCGGGCAGCGGCUCGCUCAACGUCGGCACCGACGUGGACCGCGAAGAGGCGCAACAGGGCACCAACGUCAUCGGCGACGGCGAGUUCCAGAGGCUCGUCUUCGGUUUCACCAUCGUCGCGCAGAUGGUGCUGCUAUGGCCACAGCACGUAUUGGCUCUGAUCACGGACCCCGUGGACCACUGGUGCAAGCCGCCACCCGAUUACGCCGCGGGCCGCUUCAGCCAGUGCCGAGCGUACGUGCGACCCGGCGCCGCCCCUAACGACACGGAGACUGCGCUGUGCGACUCCUGGGACUACGACCCGGCCGAGGCGCACAGGAGCGCCCGCAGCUACUGGGACCUCGUGUGCCAGCGCAGCUGGCUUCUGCCCCUGGGCAAAGGUGUCUUCAUGAGCGGCGCGCUCAUAGUGGUCCCGUUCAUGGGCUAUCUGGCCGACACCGAGGCGAGCUGCUUCGCCGAGGCCUAUCCCAUCUACCUGGUGCUGAUAUUCGUGAACUCGGCCUGCGCCAGCACCGUCCACAUCGUCACCGUGAUCCUCCUGUUCGAGGUGUCUCCGGUACAAUACCGCACCUUCUACACGGGUCUCGGCAGCUCCCUGGGCGUCGUGUUCGUCGAGUUGCUGUUCAUCGUCGUCACCGCCGUCCGCAUCGGCUGGUUCCCGCUCCAACUGCUCGUCAUGGCACCCACCCUGCUGCUCCUCUCGGCCACGUUCACCGUGUACGAGUCACCCAUGUGGCUCCUGACUAUGUCCAGACUGAAGGAGGCCGAGGAAGUCAUCUACAUCGCCGCCAAGGCGAACGGCGUGUCCCGCAUCAGCACGAAGCAGGCCCUCGACCGGAUCAAGUUCGAGAUGAACAAGGCGAUCGUUCCUUACGCGCCGGUGGCGCCCAACGCAUUGCUGCUGCCCGGAUCGCUGCGCGGCAGGGCGGCCGCAGUGUUCGUAAUCACGUUCAUCGUCAUGCUGGCCUACUACUCCCUCACCUGGAGCCAUAGACUGGGCGGAGGCAGCAACCUGGUGGUGCGCGUCAUCUACGUGGUGGCCCUUGUGCCCACCUACAUGGCCAUGUACGCUGCCCUCAACACCCUGGGUCGCCUGCAGCUCAUGCUUCUGCUCUUCGCGCUUCUGGGCGGAUUUUCGGGACUCUACGGCAUCGCCACGUACGCCGAGCCGGGCGAGGUCGCCUACGCACUCGCCAUAGCGGCCAAGUUGGUGGCGAGCGCCGCAAUCCCCACCAACUACCUGUACAUGGCCGAGCUGUUCCCGUCGUCGGUGCGCAGCGCCGUCAUGUGCGGUGCGUACACGUGCGGCCGCGUCGGCGCUGUGUUCGCUUCCGGGCUCGCCCACCUGCAGGACAUCGGCCGCGAGGACUUAGGCUUCGCGCUCCUGGCGACAGUGGUCUUCGGAGGCCUUGUGGCGUUACUCAGCUUGCCCGAGACGACCGUCGGCGGCGCCGCUGACGUGACCGUCGCCAGCAUGGACGGCAAUCGGAGGGACCUCCUGGACGUCAUGCAGAACACGUUGAUGCCAACGCGCAAGAAGAGGAAAAUGGGGCGCAGGCGUGGGAGCAUCGAGCCGACAGCGGACACAGGAGUGGGGUAG